CGGGAAAGGGGUGCCCCGCCAGCAGGCCUGAAAGCGGCCGUCACGGUCCUGCCUGCUGACCAUUCGGGGAGGGUCAGCCGGCCUGAAUCCCGCACGCUUCACUUCCUUGAUCCCAGCAGCCAUUUCUCGGAGGAGACAGCCGGGCCGGAGAGGGAGCCCGUCCUAUCCGAUGUCCGUCUGGGCCGCCCUGCUCCUGCUCUGGGCGGCCGCCGAGGCCUCCGAGGACUGCCCCGCCGCGUGCGCCUGCCGCGCCCUGGACACCAUGGGGCUGCUGGUGGACUGCGGGGGCCGGGGACUCGCGGCGCUGCCCGCCCUCCCGGCCCACACACGCCACCUCCUGCUGGCCAACAACAGCCUGCGCUCAGUGCCCCCGGGCGCCUUCGACCACCUGCCGCAGCUGCAGAGCCUCGACGUGGCGCACAACCCCUGGCGCUGCGACUGCGGCGUCACGUACCUGCGCCUCUGGCUGGAGGAUCGCGCGCCCGCGGAGCUGCUGCGCGUGCGCUGUGCCGGCCCCGGCCCCGCCUCCGGCCGCGCGCUCGGCCGGCUCAGCGGCUCCGAGUUGGGCAGCUGCGGCUGGAGCCUGCGGGCGUCCUGGGCCGACCCGGGGCCCUGGUGGGACGCGGCGCUGGCCGUCGUGGCAGCGCUGGGCCUGGCUCUCCUGGCGGGCCUGCUGUGCACCGUCUCCGUGCCCCGGGCCUGA